AUGAGUACCAAGGUCGAUAUUCCUGCCCUCCUCUCUGAGCUCUCGCUCGAGGAAAAGAUUUCCUUGCUUGCUGGAGUGGAUUGGUGGCGCACACCAGUCAUUAAACGGGACAACGUGUUUGUGCCUCAUAUCAAGUUUACAGACGGCCCCAAUGGAGCCCGUGGCGAAAGCUAUGUGUCUGGCAUCAAGGCUGCGUGCUUUCCAUGUGGUACAUCUCUAGGGUCGACAUUCGACACCUCGCUUCUGGAAAGGAUUGGAGCGGCGGUGGCAAAGGAGGCAGAGACUAAGUCUGCGAAUGUCCUACUUGGACCGACUUUGAACGUCAUUCGCUCCCCACUUGGUGGACGGAACUAUGAAACUUACAGUGAAGACCCUCUAGUGUUGGGAACUCUGGCAGCUGCCUACGUGCGAGGCUGUCAGUCAGAGGGUCGAGUUGCCGCGACCCCUAAACACUUCGUUGCCAAUGACGCUGAGAACCAGCGGACGACUCUGAGCGUUGAGGUUGAUGAGCAGACUCUGAGGGAGAUUUACCUGAAGCCUUUUCAACUGGUUGUCAAGUUGUCUGAUCCUUGGUGUUUCAUGUCAAGUUAUAAUCGAAUCAAGGGCACAUAUGUCGCUGACAGCUCUCGUCUUAUCAACGGAAUUCUCAGAGAAGAAUGGGGCUUCCAAGGCCCAGUAAUCUCAGACUGGAUGGGGACGUACUCUGCUGGUCCUGGUAUCAACGCAGGAGUCAACGUCGAGAUGCCCGGUCCACCCAAGUGGAGGACACCAGACGUCGUAUCUAAGCUUGUUCAGGACGGCUCUAUUUCCGAAGAAACAAUCACGAACAGUGCCAGAUGCCUACUGGAACUUUCUCACCGGCUCGGGCGGUUCGAAAACCCUGAAGAACCGCCGGAACGUGCUGUGGAGGACGCUGAACGGGAUGCACUCAUUCAGCGCUCUGGGGCCGAAGGCAUUGUCUUACUCAAGAACAAGGCUGGCGUACUACCCAUUCCCAAGAGUUCAUCAGUCGCCCUCAUUGGCCACCAUGCGAGAUCCGUUGUGCUUGGCGGAGGUGGAAGCGCUCGAGUUGAUGCCUUGCAUGCUGUGACGCCCAUCGACGGCUUCAAAAAGCUGGGCUACCGCACAAACGUUGCACUUGGAGUACCAGUAUUUGGUGCUGUACCCCACGCUGAUCCAUCUAUUGUCUUUGGCUCUGGUCGUGAGGAGCACUCUGCAGAGCCAGUCAAAUUGGAAUGGUUCAAUGGCGCCGUCAUAGGGCAGAAUCUUGUGCACAAGGAGUUUCGACCCCAGGCCGAGUAUAUGAUCAAGGAGCAGUGGCCCGAAUAUCUCGACGAGGUGGAAUAUUGCACCCGCAUCACCUUUGAUCUCGUUGCACCAUCAACAGGUGACGUCAUCUUCUCCGUCAUUAGCACUGGGCACGCCAAAUGUUACAUCAACGGUCAAUUGGCGUUUGAUCGGCCACAGGAGAAGAAACUGAGGCCCGAGUCGUUCUACUUCUUCAAGAAGCAACUUGAGAGGCGCUUCACCCAUCACCUAGAACAAGGACAGCGGUAUGCCAUUAAACUGGAGUCUUGGGCUUGUGAUCCAGAGAUUCUCAACGCUGCGCCUCUCUUUGGCAAGAUGUUUCAAGGCAGUGCAGUCCGUUUCCACGAGAAGAUAGAUCUUGAAGGACGCCUGGCUGAGGCUAAAAGAAUCGCUGAAGAAAGCGACUAUGCAGUCGUUUGCGUGGGCACGACUAACGAAAUCGAAUCUGAAGGGUUUGACCGGGACACCAUGGAUCUUACGCUGGACCAAUAUCACCUCAUUGAUGCUGUCGUUGCCUCCAACCCAAAUACCGUGGUCGUUAACUUCUCUGGUGCUCCAGUGAGUUUGACCCAGUUCGUCGACACGGCGCCCGCUAUUGUACAGGCAUGGUUUCCAGGACAGGAGGCUGGCGAUUCGCUGGCGGCGGUGUUGACGGGAAUUGUUAAUCCUAGUGGCAAGCUGCCACUGUCCUGGCCCAAGAAACUGGAAGAUAACCCAUCGUUUGGCAAUUUUCCGGCGACCCAUGAUGACAUUCUCAAGUAUGCCGAGGGUCUUGAUGUUGGGUAUCGAUGGUACGAUCGAGAGUCUCGCCCGAAACCUCUAUUCCCAUUUGGAUUUGGCCUCUCAUACACGGAAUUUUCAGUAACUGGUGCCAACAUCAAAGACUCCAGUGCAGUUCUGCGUCCAGACGGACAGAUCAGGGUUGCUGCGCGAGUCACAAACUCUGGCAGUCGCGCCGGUAAAACAGUUAUCCAGUUCUACGUCGCCAGCCCAGAUGAUAUCAAAGUUCCUGGUCAUGCAAGGCCUGUCAAAGAACUCCGAGCCUUUUCAAAGGUCGAAGUCGGGUCGGGACAAAGCGAGGAGGUCACUGUGCAGCUGGAUAAAUACAGCGUCAGCGUUUACGAUGCAGGCAAUGAACGCUGGCACGUUGAGAAAGGGGAGUAUCGCAUAUUGAUUGGCUUAUCCAGCGUGGACAUUGCCCACACGGUUGUGUUUUCCGUAAGUGAGAGUUUUUCUUGGACGGGUGUCUGA